AUGGCGCCGCCAAUUUGUACUAAGACGUUUAAGCUCAAUAAUGGACUCGAAUUCCCUGCCGUUGGAUUGGGAACUUGGCAAGGCAGUCAAGGAACGGAUGACGCCAAGGCCCUAGAAGAGUCCAUCAUCCACGCCCUCAAGGUCGGCUACCGCCUUAUCGAUACUGCCCAGCUUUAUGGUGUCGAGGAGGUCGUCGGCAAGGCCAUUCGCAACAGUGGGGUUCCUAGGUCUGAGAUCAUUGUGGUGACCAAGUUCUGGGGAGAGUGGCACCACGACCCGGCGGCAGCUUUGCAGAUCUCUCUCGAUGCUCUCGGCCUCGACUACAUCGAUGUGAUCCUGAUGCACUGGCCGUGGGCCACCACACCCGCCCCUGAGAAGAAGGUUCUCAAGAAGUGGGAGAGCCCUACCUUUAUCGAGACCUGGAAGUUGAUGGAGCCUCUGGUUGGGGAGAAGUGUAGGUCCAUUGGCGUUAGCAACUUCAUGCCGAAGGUCAUGGAUGAGCUCCUGGCUGAGGCCAAGAUUGUUCCUGCCAUAAACCAAGUGGAGAUGCACGCAUUCAACCCUAACCUGAAGCUGGUGCCUUACUGUCAAGAGAAGGGCAUCCAUGUGAUGGGCUGGAGUACCCUGGGCGGAUCGCGGUCCGCGCAGAAUGAAAUCCUCACUCACGAACUCUUCACCAGCAUCGCAAAGGCGCAUGACUGUUCCACCGGCGUUGUAUCGCUGUCCUGGGCUGUCCAACGUGGAACUAGCAUUAUCCCGAAGAGCGCGAACAAAUCGCGCAUUGAGGAGAACAUCCGCUUGGUCACGCUCACCGAUGAGGAGAUGAACAAGAUCAACGACGCCCACAAGACGAUCAGGAAGGAAAGAUUCUCUAACAACAUCGAGUCCCAGCACAUGGUCAUCGAUGGCGUUAUGACUCAGCAGGGCUGGACUUACGUUGACAUGGGAUACGAGGACGAGAAUGGAAACUGGUUGGUCUAA